AUGUCUUCCGUACCAAAUGGAAGGCACCAAAAUACACCAAGGGGCAAGGUACCUCCUUCCUUACGUACCGACAUCUACGCCCACGCUCACGUCCCUUCCUGGAAUCCUCGCACCCAUCCCGUCGCCCCCCAGUUCGGUCCUUCCCUUCCCUUCCCAAACCCACGACCGCUUCUCUUUUCGUCCGUCACCGUUUCUCUUCCUCCCAGUCCCCCUCCCACCCGCUUACCCAUUCCUGCAGCAGUCGUCUUCCUAUCUUCCUCUUCUGCUGGAGAUCUUCGCAUUGCAACCUCCAAUCGCCUAUUCCCGUGCCCGUUUGUUGGCUCAACUGAUCUGCAAUAUUGCGACUGCGAAUCAUCCGCCUUCUUCACUCGCCUACAUCACCCUCUCGCCUCCGAUCCCGCCGCCUCCAACAACCCACCCCCGGCACCUUCGUUUCCCACCAUCCUCGCAACUCAUCUCGCCUUCGCCUAUCCGCUCCUUGGAACCGGCCGAACCCCGCGUACAGAGCUGUUUAUUUCGCAUCGAGAGCAAUUCCACACAGCAACAAUUAACUGUCACCCCAACUCAGCUUCUACAGCAUCUGGUGCCGAGCACACGACAACUUUCCGUUGCUGUCUUUGCGCAGACACUUGGUGUCACCGCAUUUAUCAUCAAUCAUUCUAUCCUGCCGGCAAAUUGUCGUGUCGAAAGCGACUAGAGACACCGUUUUCAACGGCGACGUUGCGUGAUACGAUCUGCGACACUCAGCAUUGUCGACCAACCCGACCCUCCCACUCUCAAAGCUGCUCCGAAGACCCCGCCUUCAAACCAAACGCGACCGCCUCUCACUCCCGAAUCGCUGAGAAGAAAUUUGCAAUAUUCGAUCUCAAAUAG